AUGGGGUUGGCGAAUCUCCCUCAGCGGUCCGCUACUGUUAAGACUGUCGCGACUACGAAUACCGUCAAGAGUGGUGACGAAGUCCUUCUCGACGGCGACAUGAGCGAUAUUUCCGAACUGAUGUUUAGAAGGUUACUUGCCUGGAAGCAUGUAUGCGGACACCUGGAGAAUUAUAUCAUUGCCACCCACAAGGCCCAACGCACCCUGGCAAAGGAAUUUGAGAAGGUCCUCAAGGCUGUACCGGAACCUCUGGAGGAAGCGGCGCAGUUCAGUGAGGGCAAGGGAGGUGUCGUUGGUCUUUUCGACAACAUACGCAUUAACAUAAUUGCAAUCGUCAACCUUCAUUUGGACAUAGAGAAGAAGGUGAAAACCAUUGCUCUCCCAACUCUCGAGCGCCUUCAUACAGAGAUCAAAUCCAAAACCAAAGACCUCCAGCAUGGCUCCGAAAAGGGCACAAAGCAGGUUGAAAAAGCCCGCUCUGCGGCCCAAAAGCAUAUUGAACUGCUGGGGAAAUAUACGGCUGCUUUUGCCUCGGGUACCGGAGGCAAGCUAGAGCCCGCGCACGAUCCUUACGUUCUGAAAAGAGGCACCGUAUAUCGCAUGAGCAAAGUUGUGACUGAAGAAAACAAUUAUCGAACGGAGAUGCUGCACCUUCAGGAAUCCCUUGCCGCCUUCGAACCUCAUAUCAUGCGAACGGUGAAGGAUGCGCUUUUUCAGUUAUCCGACUGUAUGGGUGCGCAAUCAGGCAUUCCAGGAAAGAUGUACGCAAACAUCGCCCAAGUAGCUCAGCAAAUCCCAGCCGAUUUCGAAUGGAUGGACUUUACCGUGCGCAGCGAGGCCUCCCUGAUCAAUUCCGCUGUCCCUCCCCUUAACAUUGACGAUGUUGCUUUCCCGAAUCAAGACCACGUCGCCACCAUCGCACUAAUCGAAGGCACGCUCGAGAGAAAAUCCCGCGCAAUGAUCAAGGGAUAUAAUGCAGGCUACUACGUCGUCUCUCCGGCUGGGUACCUCCACGGCUUCAAAGAGAACGACAACUACAGUCACGAUCCAAUACCCGACAUCACACUCUAUCUCCCCGAGUGUGCUGUCGGCAACGCUGACGGCGUCAAGUUCACCGUCAAGGGUAAAGACGUUUCGGGCGGCAAGGUCGGGCAAACCUUCGCCACAACCAGCGAACUUAGUUUUAAAGCCCCUUCCAAAGAUAUUGCGAGACAGUGGCUCCAUGUUCUUACCGGCAUGAUUAACAGGUCCGCGUCCGCAGCGGCCUCGCAGACCACAAGCCCAGCUGUGAGUAGGACUGUAAGCGGCGCGCAUGGGGUUCCUCCACCCGUAGCUCAUCCAGCCGCAGGGUCCACCGAAGCGCCAUCCCCGCCGACGUCUGGGCAAGAAGAGGGGUUCGUGGCGGUGGCAGGUGGUGAAGUAGAGGAACCAGAAACGGCGCCCCCAGAUAACAAGGUAGUGACUUCAACAGCGGCGCCCUUGCAGGAUACAGGUAAAUCAUAA